CAACUCGUCCCUCUAUCUAGACCACUUCCUAAUUGGCGAAUCGAUAAGUCGAGCGCGCGACGAAAAGAAAGGACAAGUGUAACGCGAGAAUUGCCAGAGUUACAAAAGGACACGUCGAUUGAUGGCAACGGAAAAAUCCUACUCGGAAAAUUGUACGUUGAGGGGGUUGUUGGAGGGGAUGUUUCGCGGUCAAAUGGUAGAUAGAAGACGGGAGGGAGAGGCAGGCAGGACAAAGGAACGGGACGGAGGAAAAAUGGAAGCGGGAGCAUCGUCGUCCUCGUCGUAGUAGUCCUGGAGAGAGAAGUAAGCGGCAACGGGCGAGGAGGGGUAGUGUUCGUUCGGCCGGGCUGCUUCCGUGUAUUCCGGGGGUGGUUUUGGUGCGCGCGCGCACCGGGGUUGCGCCGUGGUUUCAUCUCAGUUUCGCAGCCUCCCUUCCGCGGUCCGCAUCUACUCUGUCGUCUCUGGCACAGAGGUGUGUCGUUUUAUCCGCGUUUGUACCUCAUUGUACGCCUCGCCUUUGAGCUCGCCUCUCUCGAUAUCCGGUCGUCGUGCGUCAUCGAGCGUUCCGUUCGAAGGACUUUCGAAUCUCUCGUCGAGAGUCGAUCGAGUCCCGGAAUCGGAAAGGAGCAACCGGGGGUGUUGAGAGUUGCGGAGGAGUUGCGGGAACCGAGUGAGAACAUCGCCUUUGACGCGUAACUUCUUUCGCGUUCGCCGUUAUAAGCCCGGAGUAUGUUACCGUGCGAUAGGUGAUCCAGCGACGACUGGCGGAACAAUGGUGCGCGAUGCGGAGGUCCCGACGCGUGUAACUUGAAGGCGGUUCUCCCGGGAGGAAGACAGAGCGAGAAUGAACGACACUCGGUUGCUCGCCAACAAAUACCAACGGAAUCGUCCUCCACACCGGCGAAAUUGAACCGAGGAACGAGCUCGUCUGCUGGCUACAAAGAGAGAAACAGAGGGAGAGAGGGAGAGAAGGAGCGGCGUCAUAGACAAGGGGCCAAACAAGUUUCUCAUUCUCUUUUUUCGUUGGAUCUCUUUGUUUGGUCGGGUUUAAUCCACUUGUGAAAUCUGGCCAAGGGUGAGAGAUAGGCCGAGUAGAAGUUACGAACUGCCGAGCGCCCAUAACUGGUUGCACUGAUAAUCGUAAUUGAUAGUUUCUCCAGGCAGGGAGACCAGGGACGUCCUCGAUACGAUUGCACGCGGACGUGUGUCGGUCGAUCGUGCCAUAGAGAAAGCUGUGUUUCGGGUUCGGGUUGUUUGUACGCGCGGUGACGCGCGAGUAACGAUCGGUUAAUUGGUUGUUAGGACACUCGGUGAAUCCAAUUAACCGGCCGUCUUUAAGGAGAUCGGGCUUGGGUUGGCUCGGGGGUUGGCCGAAUUGGCUAAUUGCGAGUUCGGAUCGCUUGCGUGUUUCGAAUUUCACCGAUCUGCUGGCCGGAAGAGAUGCAAAGCGGCCGGGAGUUCCUCGGUUUUCGUGCGGCGUGCAACUGGAUUUCCGAUCCGUCGACUCGAUCCGUGGUUGUUUGCAUCCUGAACCCUCUCAAGAAGGUUGUCGCCCGGCAAACCGAUCCGAUCGGCGCAGCUUAAGUCUAAAUUGAAUAGUAAUUGCAAAUUGAACGUUGAAUCCAGCGUGUCCACCAGCGUCGACCGACCGAUCGAAUCGAUGACUCGGCGCGCAGCUAGUCGCCCGACAAACUUGGAGUAAUAACCGCGUCGCGGUUACGCUCUCUCUCUCUCUCUCUCUUCCCCUCGAAGUCGUGAAUUCCCGACAGAGGUGUGAUAUGCAAAGGUAGAAGAGACGGGACAUUGGACAGAACGGACAGAACAAUGACGAGCGAGCUAAACGUGACGAAGGUCGAGAACUCGACCGGCACGAUGAAUCUUGUAUCGACGAUAUCCUCGUCGCCGCCUGGCGUGGUCGCAGCCGCGAUUAGCGCUAGCACAGCAAUUCCGACUAAUCCGUCCACGACAGUAACGGGUGGUGCUGCGGUUACCAGCACCGCUAAACCCGACCAUCACAUCUACAACGUGAGCGGCUACCUCGUGGAGCACGACGAGCUCGAUCACAGUAUACUCGCCGGUUUCUCAGAUAUACAGACCGUUUUUCUAGCCUGUAUCUCGACGCUGCUGCCGCUGAUCGUCGCGCUGGGGAUCGCCUUCGGCGUCAGGCACGUGUGGAGGAAAUACCGAAACAGACGAGACAGUUCAAGUGGAUUGCCCUGGUACAGGAGUGUCUACUCUCGAGACAAUACCGCCGAAUCCUUGCAUCAUCGACCCCACUCGGGUAGCACGACCAUUCAGUCUGCCACGAGGAUUCUCUCUGCCCAAGACUUGGUGAACGGUCUCGAUAGACCCAGGUACAUUUGCGAGACCGAGGUCAUGGAGGAGGUAAACGUGGCCAGCGCCACUCCGGUGGAGUACACUCCUCCGGGGAAUAAAAACGCCAACGGGAACAUCAUCACCCUCACCCUUAAGAACAACCAUCUUAUCGUGGAGACCGAGGAGCGAGCUGUGACGAUGGAGGAUAAUAAAAAUCGCAGGUACCAAGAUAACGGUUGCUCGUUCGUCGUGGAAGUGCAGCCAAGCUAUCAGAACGAGGAACCCGAGGCUAGCAAAGGGUCCACCGACGACGUGACAGCCGGGGUUACUGAUCAGCAGGCUCUCGUUCACAGGGAGGAAAUUCCGGAGGAUAGAGCACCAGGUUUCGAGAACACAAGACUAUUCGGUAGCACGAACACGGGGCUGUCGCAGUCGGAUCUCUCGAUCUCCAGCCAGGGCUCGGUUAAUCCCAGCUAUCGUUAUGGAAAUCAAGUGGAAUACGAUGCGGGCCAUCUGGGUUACCCGAUGUACGGCGGUAGCUACGAAUCCGAUACGUUGUCACGCAAACUCGAGGGUGGCUCGAAAUGGGUGGAAUUCGACAAAUCACCAGACACCGAGAAAACCUUGCUGAAUGUGUCAAAAACGUCAAGCAUGGAGAAAGACGCCGAGGAAAGCCCGUCGAUGAUGAGCAAACAGAACAAUCUGGACGUGUCCCAAGGUUCUGGGGGAUCCAUGGAUCAGCAGGACUCGACAGACGCCAGCAUCUCCACCGACACGGUUCGCUCGAACCCUAAUCUUCAGGUGAACGGAGCCACGCCGAACAAGCUCGAGAUCAUGGAGCAAAAGGCGCUCAACUACGACUUCGGCAAAUCGGAGACGAACAAGCCGGUGAUAACUGGAGCGUUGUUGAAGGACGACGUGCAGGAGGACACGUUUCAGGAACAGCAACGGAAGUUGGGCAAUGGCACUUUGACGCCGGAGCACAAGGAGGAGAGAGCGAAGACUCAGAAGCCGGAGAGUUGCACGUUUGUGCCGAGCCACAAACGGAGCGGAAGCAUCCCGCCGCGAUUGAUCGAGGAAACGCUGGAGCUAGAUCUGGAACCAAAGAAAUCGUUGGAUAUCUACAGUCAGAUUAAAACCAGCACUAAAAGCAUACUCCCGGGACUGAGCCCGAAGUUCGAGCUCCUUCAGAACGAAGUUAGCCCGAUCGAGGAGAAGGAGAGUUAAUGGGGAUGGUUGGUUUCACUCAAUGGCGUCUCAAUGGUAAACCGAAGUCGUCAAAGGGCAUCAUCAUCGAUCGGACAUCGAACGAGCAUCGACGAGCAUUCAAGUUCGUCCACGUUGUAACGAUUUUCUACGAGAAUUCGAAAGAGCAUUCGCACAGAGCCAAAUCAAAACGAGCGAUGGCCACGGGUGGCAGCGAAUCUGACGACGCGCUUCCACCCUCGUGGAGAACACGAUUUUUAUUUAACGAAAAGUCCAAACUCUCAUUGUAGAUAUCUCAUCAACGCUGAAACUCACUAAGACGACGUCUGGAGAUUUUAUCCGAGGUUUUUGCGAAGAGAAAAGGUAGACCAGAUCGUUGUAACAGAUCGCUGUGUAGCUCGAAGAACUCUCGGCAGUGCAAAAAAANAAAAAAAAAAAAAAAAAAAAAAAAAAGAAAAAAAAAAGAAAAGAAAAGAAAGAAAACAAAAACAGAGGAUCGACCAGAGAAAGAGCGAUAAAAAGACGCGACGCGCGAGUGUUUGCCUAUGAUAAAAUCAUCGAGGGGGAAAAUCACGGGGCGACGGAUCGAUGCGAGUGGAGACACUGGUGGAAGUUGAUAAAGUGACCAGAGCAAAUUGGUCGUAUCCAAGGGAAACGGUGUUUCAUAGGUUGCUGCCGGCAGAGACGCUUGGAAUUGACAAUGUAUCCUAAUGACUCUCUGCCAGUUCUCCCUUAACUCAUCCACCCACCCAAUGUUCCUCUCUCUGUCUCACAAUCUCUAUCUCCCUUGCGCGUUUCCCUUCUACGAUCAUUCGUCCCUGUUCCGUCGAUGUUCGUGCCCUCGCGCCCCACGAAACCUGUGCCCGCUAAAUUUACCAAAGCGAGGAUCUACGAACCGCGGAGAACAAUCGUCGACUAACGAAUUCGACGCGCCGUUGCGGAUUCCGCGUCCGUGGCUCUGUGUGCGCAGCGACCGCAACCGCAUCGGGGAAUAGAGCACCGUAGUUGCCGGCGACGCGCACUCCAAACGAUCGUCCGCUCGUCGCGUUACGCGGUCGCGAAACGCGCGGUGCUGGUUGUUGGGAUUGUCUUUCCAAGAGGGGUUCUUCUGUAGCAUGCGUCUGGGAUGAGAGGAGGCAGAGGAGAUGUGCAAAUCGUUGGAAAGGGGGUAAUCGUGUUUAGAAAUUGCAAGGUGAAAUUGCAGGACUGUGCAGUCGAACGCUCGAGACACUCGAGACAUUCGAAUAUGUCGGAUGUUCGAAUGUUCGCAUGUUCAUUCGAGUGUUUCAAUUCACCUGGGAUAUUCCGAUAAAAUAUUCCAAAUUUCUAGGACAUUUGAAUAUAUCGACGUGUAGAAGUCUCGAAUAAUUUAGAUGGUUAGAAGUUUCGUAUAUUUCAGUAUUGAAAAUAUUGUUGUAACAUUCUAAAUUCCGAGGACAUUCGAGUAUUUGUAGAAUACUUGGAGAGUUGCAGUUUCGGUAUUUUUAUUUGCUGGGUAAUUGUCAGAAAACCGUCCUGGGUGGCAGUGAUUUAGCAAAUGCGCGUUAGUUCCUCCCGUUUCCUUGUCCGACCACGCACGGCCGUCUCCCCUUUGGAACAUCGCCGCGCGAUUUCCAGAGACGAAGAGGGAAACUCUGAAAGUUUACUUGCCGAUCUAACUUGGAGAGGAUCUUCGAGCGAGUUCGAAUGAUGUUCGAACCUGUACGUACGCACUCGAGAGGAGGAGAACCGUAUCGACGAAUUUUGUAAAUGAUUCCAAGAAUCAUAGCGACUGGGUUCCGUUCGGCUAAAACCAGUUUUACAAACGAACCACCAUUUGCUAAGAAUUUUCUAUUGUCCGUGAACAUAAGUACGAAAAAAAUAGCAGAUAAUUAAGCAUCGUAAAUGGAACGUUAUUAAGUGUCCAGAAUGAUAGAAUUUAAGGCUUCGAGCGUCGUCUGCGAUUUUCGAUCGAGCAACCUGUCUGCGAAUUCUCCGAUGGCAUUUUUAACCUUGUUUCGUUCUUUGUUUCACCUUGUCGUUGAAAUUUUAGGAGUACGAUCGAUUUAUCUUUAUCUCGAAAUAAUUUGCGACUCUUCAGUUCGUUGUUAACUCGUAUUUACGAAAGUAUUAUAAAUUAAAUUUUUAUCAGCUUCGAAACAGAUUCAGAAGAUGAUAGGUAGGUCAGAUCACCAUUGGGUUAUUAAUAUAAAUGGACGUAAAAAUGGAAAGUACUUGAAACUAAUUCACCAAGGACCAACAACAAAUACUUCAAUUUCUCUGAAUUUUAUAAAACUAUAGGGAUCCUUUAACAAACUUUGCAACGCAGCGUUAAACCACAAUGAAACGUUGACAGAGAAUUUCUAGGCGCUGAGAGUCGGUUUCGAAUCUCGAGGACAACGCUCGUUUUAGUAGAUCACGUACACCAGAAGCAGUAAGAUCUCGAUCUAAGAUUUCACUUGGAAAUUAAUCAGAACCAGUAAAUCGAUCCUAGGUAUGCUGUAUCCGUAAAAAAGAAAAAAAAAAAAGAAAGAAAAAAAAGAAAAAAAAAACAUGAAACCACACUCACGUUAUAAUGACGAGGUUCGCGACUCGAGCAAGUCGAACAGAGGCUUAAGAUUAACGUUACGUGGAUUCUAGUGCCAAAAUAGUUCCUUAAGGUUUCUCGACGAUGAACGACGUAUGCCGUACGACUAUACUCGACGAUCUUAUUAUUAAUUGUAAACGUUUCGAGCAGAUGCCGCGUUACCAAUAUUUCAGAUUUUAUACGCUUCCGUUGACAUAGUGCGAACGUUGUUGUUGACAUGGUGCUAUAUUGCGUAUGGAUCUACGGGAACGAGGGUGUACGUGGCUGACCGAUUGCCAGUUUCGAUCGUUCCGGCUGCCUCCACGUCCUCGUUUCUUCGUUCGUCGCGCCUCAUUGGCACUUCCGGUGAGAAUCGACGUCCUCCGAACUGUACUACGAAAGUGAGAAUUUUCGUCAUCUUCCAGGAAUACUGUUUAAUCCCCGUACUGGGUCCAUCCGAAUCCACGACAUAUUGAAAGUUAAUAUGAUGAAAUUAUAUUGAAUAUAAUUUGACGAUCAUACUUGUUGAAUAUUUUUGUCCCUCUGUCAAUGGAUUAUACUUUGUGUUAGUGAAAACCUGUUUGUUAAAUAUUUUUGUUGUCUCUUCUGUGGGUUAUUUUCAUUCCUCUAUCGUAUUACGUGCUCUUCUACAUAAUCUUUAUAUCUUUUUUAUCUUUUCUAUUAUUAUUGCGUAAUCACUAGAGAAAGACAAAUAUAAUUACAGUGUAUAAAUAUAAUAUAAUAUAAGACUUGUUGGUCUUCAUUCACGAAGUAUUGUACAUGUUUCAUGAAUUCUGUAAAUAUUGAAAACGUGUUUACUCAUACGAACGGAUACGAAUGGACCCAGCAUUUAAGCCAAGUUUGAUCCAAAGAAAGCUCGACCAAUUGCGACAACGUCGAUACAACUAUACGACAAUUGAUAUGAUCGAUCGCACAGAAUUCGUAUCUCUUUCACAGGUGAUUAAAAAAAAAAAAAAAAGAAGAAGAAAGUCAUAAAUUCAGGACUCGCGAAUGGUAUUACUUGGAAAUGACAGAACUCUGCAUCUUAACACAGUUGAAACGAUUAUCGAGCACGAGCCGAUAAAUUUACAACUACCACGAGUAACACUGUCAUUGAAAACGUAUUCACCGGUCCACGUAAGAUAAUAGAGUGUAGCCCGUAUCUAGCGAUUAAGUAAACCAUAAACGUUAAGAAUUUAGUCAUACUCACUGAUACACACGAUCCCCUUCGAGACAGAAUCGAUUAUUCGUUUUCACGACUCAUACGUAACUUCUUAUAAAGCCCGGAGUCUGUCACUUGCUUUUACAACGCUAAACGAAGCAUAAAAGUCUAGUUUCCAGGUUUAGUGGUUCUCGUGUGGCUGUUACUAGAUGGUAUUAGAGGUCUAACUCUGUGGACAAGUAUAAAUUUUAUAUAAGACCUGAAUGUCUCGCGUAUUUCUAGAAAUAUUCGCAAGCCGCAAAAGUAGAUGGAUCGAUCGACUAUGUGGGUCGUCCUCGCGCCGAUUUUCAGACGCUCUGAAAAUGUGUCUUGUCCAUCAAAAAAUACUCGCCUCGAGAAAGAGGAACGAAGACGUAGAAGCUUGGAGACCGCUUUGGAGAUGGACGCGAGGUCGAGCGAGGGUAAAAACAGCGAGCAAAUUUAGAUCGCGGCAUGGCUGACUGUUCAGUUGACAAGAAGAAAAAUGGAUAAAAUAAAUAAAAUGAAUUCGACGUUAUUAGCAGAGACAGUUUAUGAUUAACUAGGGUUUAGCUAAUUAAAAAAUUAAAAAAUUUUGUCAGUAUUAUUGAGCAAGUAAAACGAAUGCUACGUUACAUAGAAAGAUAGAUGAUUGAUCAGUUUAGUUGACUAUAGAGUCAAUUAUUUCUUCGUAUUAUAUUGCUUUUAAAUUUAAGGGAUUUAAUUUCUUCUCGUUUACGUCUCAAGUUUUUACUGUGAUUUUAAGUCAGUUCAGUUUGAUAGAGAACUUCUUCAAUUUAGAGAAUUGUAGAAACUCAUACGUAUAAUUCCAACAAAUUCUCCAAGUUGUGGUUCAACUAGGCUAAAUUCUAGUUAAUAGAACAGCCUCUGAUUUCAUCCGAUGGUCAAUUGAAUAUUCAGCUGUGCCUCGACUGAAGAUUACUUGCUGUCGCAUCCACCCUAACGCAACUUUCCAAGAGGGAAAAGGGAAGAAAGUCAUUCUCCGUUCUUUGACGUAACGCUCUGCUAUUCUAUCGCAUCGCGCGCAUCAUCAGUUCGUAUAAGGACACCUUAGAGAUAAUUACAUGUAGAGACUCGUCGAAGUAAGACUUAAUUAACGAUUAAGCGAGACGCGGAUCUAUUGGGAUCCUGGCACACAACCGUUCCAUAUGAUCAAUUAAAAUUCGAAUCGUAGUGAUUAAGCGAAUGGUGACAGAGAGCAGUCAACUGAAGAAAAAAAAGAAAAAAGAAAAGAAAAAAAAAAAGAAAAGAAAGAAAACUUGGGCUUGGAUGAGAUUGUGCUUUCGAUUCGUGGAUUUUUAAUUCGUUUUGUCGUUCGCAUGAGUUCCCAGUACCGCACCAAUCUUCGUUUAGUUCUCUUGCUCCCUCCUUGAAAAGGGGGGGAUGGAAUGAAACGAAAGUCCGAAAGUAACAUUUGUCCAUCGUGCUGCAUACUCGUACGCUGAAGGCACGUGUGUAAGUGUUUCCGAACGAAGUGUGUGAACAUUCAUUUUCGCUAAAGUACCACGUUGUAUAUGUCAAUUUAUUUUGCAAAAUAAACCAUUGGACACGAAACCUGA